UCCAGUUUAUAACAAAGGCUGUACCUGAUCCUGACAAUCGUCCAUCCCACCCCAAUAUAACAAAACAAACAAAAAACUAGGUAGAGUUCCCUGUUAUGUUCUGUCACAGCACUUUGUAUUUCUUUUCCUUCCUUAGCAUUAUCACAAUUUCAGUUACACAGUUAAUUACAUAAGAACUAAUUGCUUACUACCUGUGCCAGCUACUGGAUUGAGAGCUAAAAUUUAAUCGUUUUCUUUGCGUUAUCCUCCACGCCUAACGUGUCCGGAAUAGAAAAGAGGAGCAACAAAUAUUUGUUGAAUGGGUGGAUGAAUUAAUGAAUGAAAAAGCAAGUGGAUGUCGACAACGUCAGAGCGUCACACGGCAUACAUCGCUCCUACUAUAUUAGGCCUGCACAGCACUAUGGGAAUUUAUAGAGGGAGCAUUUAAAGCUUAGCCUUGACGGAGGUGAUUUCCGGAAAAGCAAUUCAUCUUUUCAAACUCCGACACUUGCAAGAUGCUGUCUCCCAGGGGCCUGCAACUAGUUUAACAGGGAUUAUUCUCUGUGAAAUAUCAGUUGCGUGGCAACAGCAGGACAUCAAUAAGAUUAGUUAAAUGACACAAAGGCCGGCGCGGACAACAGCCAACUGGGUCGUCUCUGGCUAAAAGCCAGAAGGAAUAAAACGGUCCCCCCCCCGCGGUGGAGGCGCAGAAACCGGACUAAUACCGGCGCCAAAGCUCCACGUUGACGUUGGACCCCAGGCCAGCCGGUGGUCACGUGACUGGGACCUCGGCGGCCCGGGCGCCGGGGCCGUCCUGCGCACGCGCACGGCUUCGGGGCGGGGGAGCCGCGUGCGCUGACAGCUUCCGGUUUGCUUUCCCCGCCCCUGCCUGGGUGAAGCUGUCGGGUCUCGGCGGUGGCCGCCGUGGGGUGGCAGGGGCCAGGGCGUGGUCAGGUGAGCCGAGUGCCCGAGCCGGGUGCCUAGGAGCCAUGGCCUGCUCCAUUGUCCAGUUCUGCUCCUUCCAGGACCUCCAGGCCUCCCGGGACUUCCUCUUCCCUCACCUGCGGGAGGAGACCCCCAGCGGCGCCCUGCGGAGGGACCCCAGUAAAUCAACACACUGGGAAGAUGAUAGUUGGGGCGCAUGGGAAGAAACAGAACCCCAAGAACCAGAAGAAGAAGGAAAUACAUGCAAAUCACAAAAAACUAGCUGGCUCCAAGAUUGUGUUUUAUCUUUAUCGCCAACCAGCGACCUUAUGGUUAUAGCUCGGGAGCAGAAAGCUGUGUUUCUAGUGCCAAAAUGGAAACACAGUGAUAAAGGAAAGGAAGAAAUGCAGUUUGCUGUUGGUUGGAGUGGUUCUCUAAGUGUUGAAGAAGGGGAAUAUGUAACCAGCGCUCUGUGCAUCCCGCUAGCAAGCCAGAAGAGGAGUUCCACCGGACGUCCCGACUGGACCUGCAUUGUGGUCGGCUUCACUUCAGGCUACGUACGCUUCUACACGGAGAGUGGGGUGCUCUUGCUUGCACAGCUUUUGAAUGAGGACACAGUGCUACAGCUUAAGUGCAGGACCUAUGAAAUCCCACGACAUCCUGGCGUGACCGAACAGAAUGAAGAGUUGAGUAUCUUAUAUCCAGCUGCCAUUGUGACUAUUGAUGGAUUUAGCCUUUUUCAGUCUCUUCGUGCUUGUCGAAAUCAGGUAGCCAAAGCUGCAGCGUCCGGCAAUGAGAACAUACAACCACCACCGUUAGCUUAUAAGAAAUGGGGUCUACAAGAUAUUGACACUAUUAUUGAUCAUGUUAGUAUUGGUAUUAUGACGUUGUCCCCAUUUGAUCAAAUGAAGACUGCCUCCAAUAUAGGUGGAUUUAAUGCAACAAUUAAAAACAGUCCACCCGCCAUGUCUCAAUAUAUCACUGUAGGGUCCAAUCCAUUUACUGGUUUCUUCUAUGCUUUAGAGGGAAGCACACAACCAUUAUUAUCACACGUUGCACUAGCAGUUGCCAGUAAACUCACUUCUGUUUUAUUUAAUGCUGCCAGCGGUUGGCUUGGUUGGAAAAGUAAGCAUGAAGAAGAAGCUGUCCAGAAGCAGAAGCCGAAGGUUGAACCAGCCACACCAUUAGCUGUAAGAUUUGGACUUCCCGACUCUCGACGCCACGGUGAAAGCAUAUGUCUGUCUCCGUGUAACACACUGGCCGCAGUGACAGAUGAUUUUGGCCGAGUUCUUUUAUUGGAUGUAGCUAGAGGGAUUGCAGUACGCAUGUGGAAAGGGUAUCGGGACGCACAGAUUGGUUGGAUCCAAAUUGUGGAGGACCUCCACGAAAGAGUCCCAGAAAAGGUGGAUCUUUCCCCCUUUGGAAACACUCAGGGUCCCAGUCGAGUAGCUCAGUUCCUUGUGAUCUAUGCACCACGGAGGGGCAUUUUGGAAGUGUGGAGCACACAGCAAGGGCCUCGAGUGGGCGCUUUCAACGUGGGGAAGCACUGCAGGCUGCUGUAUCCCGGCUAUAAAAUAAUGGGCUUAAAUAACGUCACCAGUCAGAGCUGGCAGCCACAGACUCACCAGAUCUGUCUUGUCGAUCCCGUGUCUGGAAGUGUGAAAACAGUGAUCGUUCCUUUCCAUUUAGCACUGAGUGAUAAGAAGAGUGAGCGAGCCAAAGACCUGCACUUAGUGAAGAAAUUAGCAGCCUUACUGAAAACAAAAUCUCCCAAUGUGGAUUUGGUUGAAACAGAAAUAAAGGAAUUAAUUCUCGAUAUUAAGUACCCUGCAACCAAAAAACAAGCUUUGGAAAGCAUUUUGGCAAGUGAACGAUUACCAUUUUCCUGCCUUAGAAACAUCACUCAGACUCUAAUGGACACUUUAAAAAAUCAAGAACUUGAGUCUGUUGACGAAGGACUGCUACAGUUUUGUGCCAAUAAAUUGAAAUUACUCCAUCUUUAUGAAUCUGCCAGUCAGUUAAAUUCCGUUGAUUUUCAGUUAGACACACCUUUCUCUGAUAAUGACUUGGCUGUGUUAUUAAGGCUUGAUGAGAAAGAACUGCUUAAGCUCCAGGCAUUAUUAGAGAAGUACAAACAAGAGAACACCAGGACUGCUGUCCGAUUUUCUGAUGAUAAGGAUGGGGUGUUGCCUGUAAAAACAUUCCUGGAACAUUUAGAAUGUGAGAAAGAUGCGAUCAACAUGAAGAAGAUAAGGGAAGACGAAUACGUGGCUUUAGGCAGUUUCUUUUUUUGGAAGUGUUUGCAUGGAGAAAGCUCCACUGAGGACAUGUGUCAUACUUUGGAGUCAGCUGGACUUAGCCCUCAGCUAUUAUUGUCUCUACUCCUGAGUGUUUGGCUUUCUAAGGAAAAGGAUAUUCUGGAUAAACCACGGACUGUCUGCUGUCUUCAUACGAUGCUGUCCCUCCUGAGCAGGAUGAAAGUGGCCAUCGAUGACACCUGGGACUCCCAGUCUGUGUCCCCUUGGUGGCAGCAGAUGCGCACGGCCUGCAUUCAGUCUGAGAACAAUGGGGCUGCUUUGUUGUGUGCACACGUGGGACACUCUGUCGCCGCGCAGAUCUCGAGCAGCGUGACCGAGAAGGUUUCCCAAACAGUUGUGGGUGCUGACUCGGAGGCGCUCACUGAUUCCUGGGAGGCCCUUUCUCUGGACACGGAAUACUGGAAGCUCCUGCUGAAGCAGCUGGAGGACUGCCUCCUACUUCAGACCCUGCUUCACAGCAGGGCGAACGCUCGGCCCUCCCCCGUGUCGUCACUGCAGUCGGAGCCGCUCCCGAGGCUUUCUGUGAGAAAGCUGCUAGAAGGAGGAAAAGGUGGCAUUGCAGACAGUGUGGCCAAAUGGAUAUUUAAACAGGACCUCAGCCCUGAAGUGUUACGCCUGGCUAAUAAGGAAAGAGAUGCAGAAAACCCAGACGAGCCCAAAGAAGGUAUUCCCCGAGGUUUAACUGAGGUGUCGGAGGUAGAGAUGGACUUAGGCGUCAUACCAGACUUGCUGUGCUUGGCCUACCAGCAGUUUCCUUGCAGCCUGGAGCUGGACGUGCUGCACGCACACUGCUGCUGGGAGUAUGUCGUUCAGUGGAACAAAGACCCAGAGGAAGCACGUUUUUUUGUUAGGUCAAUAGAGCACUUGAAGCACAUUCUUAACGCACAUGUGCAGAAUGGCAUCGCACUGAUGAUGUGGAAUACGUUCUUGGUGAAGAGGUUUUCUGCCGCUACAUACUUGAUGGAUAAGGUUGGAAAAUCGCCAAAGGAUAGGUUAUGCCGAAGGGAUGUGGGGAUGAGCGACACGGCCAUGACCUCUUUCCUUGGCUCCUGCUUGGAUCUCCUUCAGACUUUAAUGGAGGCAGACGUCAGCAGGGAUGAGAUGCAGGCGCCCGUCCUGGACACCGAGGAUGCGUGGCUCACUGUCGAGGGGCCAGUCUCCAUAGCGGAACUGGCCCUUGAACAGAGACACAUCCACUACCCGCUGGUAGAGCACCACUCCGUGCUGUGCUCCAUCCUGUACGCAGUUAUGCGGUUUUCUCUCAAGGCUGUGAAGCCACUGUCCCUGUUUGACAGUAAGGGGAAAAAUGCCUUUUUCAAAGACCUAACUUCAAUUCAGUUACUACCUAGUGGGGAAAUGGAUCCAAACUUUAUUUCUAUACGACAACAGUUCUUACUGAAAGUUGUUAGUGCAGCCGUCCAGGCCCAACAUCCAGUCGCAAAAGACAAGGAUUCCUCAGAAAAGGCACCGACCACUCCUUUUGGGAAAGACCAGGAUUGGCCAGUUCUAGCCGUGGACUUGGCCCAUCACCUUCAAGUUAGUGAAGAUACUGUCAGAAGGCAUUACGUGGCGGAACUCUACAACUAUGGCGUCGACCACUUAGGAGAGGAGGCCCUGCUCCAGGUCCAUGACAAAGAGGUCCUUGCCAGCCAGCUGCUGGUGCUCACGGGGCAGAGGCUGGCUCACGCACUCUUCCACACCCAGACGAAAGAAGGAAUGGAGCUGCUUGCCAGACUUCCACCCACACUCUGCACUUGGCUGAAAGCGAUGGACCCCCAGGAUCUUCAAAACACAGAAGUGCCAAUUGCCACAACAGCUAACCUAGUAAAUAAAGUAAUUGAGCUUUUACCAGAAAACCACGGGCAGUAUAGUUUAGCCUUACACCUCAUCGAAGCUGUGGAAGCCAUAUCUCUUCCUUCUUUAUGACCCUUAUCCACUGAAAACAGUCUAAAUUUGUGUGACUAUAACAUGAAUUAGUGCAUGGCUAUUUUACAUAGUAAGAGCUGGAAUUUUAUGGAGGGAGUUUGUCUUUUUUUCUUUUAUAAAAUAAAUAAAAAUAUAUUAUUACUUUAAAAAAGUACAAUGCGGGCUAAAUUCCACUCCUUUGGGUAAAACUGAAGGUAAAAUAUAAAGAAAUAUCAAUUAUACUAUUAAUUACUAAUACAGAUGUUUCACUGUUUAUUUCUAACUCAAGCACUUAAGUAGUUUAUUGUUCAAUUUUGCUAUUUAAAAUUGGUUAUAACUUACAGAUCAUGUUAUUAUAAGAUUCUAUAUUUCAUACUCAAAAUGUGAUUGUUGUAAGCACAUCUCCACGUGUCCGUGGACAGCCCCCAUCCAUAACAUAGAGAAACAGCCCACUGUCCUGUAAUCAACGUUAGGACAUGCUUUUGUUCUCAUGCUUAAUCCACGCUGGACUGUCACCUGGACUUCCGGAUGAGGACAGGUUCCUUUACCAGAGGUUGUGCUGCUGCCACCAGAGGACGUGACCUUGCAGGAAUAAGGGUUCGAGAUCGUCAUAGUCAUCAGAAGGGACAUUAGAGAGAACCCGUGUCAAGUACCAAAGUAUCUGCUGUACUUGCCAAAAUUGAGAAUCAGAUGCGAGCAACGCAACAAAAUUAAUUACAAUACAAGGUAAGAUCUGCCUUUUGCCAAGAUUCAAAGUCCUGUCCACAUCAGGUCAUUGUAAAAAUGUAUUAUCUUGUAAAACUUAUGUUUAAAAAGGGCAAAGAUGCUAAAAGAUUAAGUCCAACUUUAUUUUUCCUAUAAGUGUUCAGAAAUGCCUGCGUCUGGGACUCGGGAAUGUUAUCUGUUCUUAGGAACAGGACAGAAAAUGCUCAGUGAUAUGACAGCUUUAGCAAACCUACCUCACAGCUGGGUACCCGACAGUGCCUAGAGCAGUCCAAGUGCUGAAUAAUCCUUUGAUUAAAACCAAAUUAACCAAAACUCUAACAAGUGCUUUGAGCUCUACAAAUACCAAGUAUUUACCGUGGUAUAUCUUUGGAAUGUAGCCAUACAGUGCAAUUACUGAUAUCAGUCAUGGAUCACAGUUGUUAUUCAUAGUAACUCAUUGUGAUACAGAAGUUCGUUUCCUUCCUUGAAAGAAGCCAACUCUAGCAACUGUACAAAGUUGAAUAUGGCCUUUAGGGACAUAAAGAAAAAAAUGUCUGAUGUGUGAGGGUAUCCCAAUGUCGAUUCUUUCUAACUAAAAGAUCACAUUCUAAUAAGAACUUCCUGUUUAAUCUAAAUUAAAUCUUGAGAAAGAAGUUGUUAGGCUGUCUUGAGUGUUUGCCAUGAGGGGCCUGUAAGCCUGAUGGAGACCCACGCUGUGUACAGUGUGAAAGGACCUUAGCCAGUCCAGCCUCUCGGCCUCUGCUUGGAUCUCCACUGCCCCAUCCAGACACAUCCAUGAGUUCUCAUAAAUAGCUCUAGCUUUAUAGGUACUGGCUAUAUGUAUUAUGAAGGAUUAGUUCUUCCUGUGGUUUUUCUAAAUAUUUGGAAGAUAGUUAUGAAUUUUGGAGGCUGGUCAAAGAAAACUUGGAAUUACAGCAUUUCUAAAGAUUAAACCUUCACUUUGAUUCCAUUAUCACUUUGGAGGGAGGGGUACCUACUUAGCAUUUGAGAUAAUAAAACUGGUUAAACUUAUUCUGGUAGAACACAAUCAAAUGUGGGCAUUGCUGAGUAUAUUAAUAAGCUGAAAUAAUGGCACAUAGAUCCCCCUAAUAAAUCAUUGCGUCUCUAGUUAGCUUUGUAAUCCUAAAAUUUACCAUUCAGAAUUUUAAAAUUGGAUUCUGAGUUGUAUGAUUAAGAAAAGCAGUUAAGUAUUUUACUGUUUCAUCCAGGGCUUUUAAAAUAAAUCUGAUAGAAGAGAAUACAUAGCUGUGUUCAGGAAGGCAGACGUUGUAUUGUGCUUCACUGACUGCACUUCAGGUGGUGAGUUUUUCACAGAUGGAAGGCAAGACCCUCCACCAGCAGAAAUUCAUCUAAGGUCAAAGUAAACAUUGUUAUAUUUAAAUUGGUUUCUUAAAAAAAACAAAAAACAAAAAACACGAUUAACUGCAAUUUAAAAUCACAGAAAACCCAGAUUUAAUAAUACUAAGUGUACAGGGAAUAUAAUGUUCACUUAGAAGUGGCUGCAAUUCAUUUAAUUCUUAAGAGAAAAGUAUUUUUGAAGUACUCGAUGGCAACAGGGAAAGCCCUCUCUCACCCUGACAGUUUUCCGCUGAAUUGAAUCAGUCAUCUUUAGAAUGAUUUUAACACAACACUGAGUUGUUUGUAAAAUGCUCUAUUUAUCUUGUGUAAUGUACUGUAAGUAGUGAAAUUCUGUAUAUACUGCUGAUUUCUGUGUCUGUUCAUUGUUGUGAACUGAUGUAUAAUAGUGAAAUAAAUUUUCAGCUUUCA